AUGGAAUUAUUUACAAAAUGGUAUAAAAACAUAUUGAUUUUAUUUCUAAUUACUUUAGCUAUUAUUGGAUUAAGUAAUUGUAAUAAAACAUUAGAAACACUAAUUCACGAAUAUAUUUACGUCAAUAUUCUUAAUAGCAUCUGGUGGAUUGGAUUAGGAUUUUUGAGUUCAGUAGGACUAGGAUGUGGUAUUCAUACUGGAUUAUUGUUUUUAUUUCCUCAUGUUUAUUCAAUAAUUACUACAGCAGAAACAUACAACACUUUGAAUUUUGAUCCAAGGCAAAAUAUGUGGAACAAUUUAUUAAAUCCUGGAGAUUUAUUUAUAGUAAACGAUUUAAAUACAGAAAAAAGACCAACCAUAAAUCUAUUUAACAUAUUAUUAAAAAUUCUUCCAUAUGCAUUUUUAUGGGGUUUUGGUACAGCUUUGGGGGAGUUGCCCCCAUAUGCAGCAGCAUAUGCAGCUUCAAAAUCCAGAAAAAAUAAUAAAUUAAGAGAAUUAAAAAGAAAGAGGGAGAGUGAUGAAUUUGAGAGACAAAACACAUCAUUUAUUGAAAAUGUUGAGGAUGAUAAUUUUGAGAUUAAUAAGGAGUUACUGCCUGAUGAUGAAAAUAAUUCAGACAAUGAGGAUUCCAGUCUAAAACAUUACUUAAUGAGUUUAAUAAAAAAAUUCAUAGUAAGAUUGAUAGAUAAAUUUGGAGGAUAUGGUGUCUUUAUAUUAAGCUGUUGGCCAAAUUUAAUGUUUGACUUAUGUGGGAUUAUCUGUGGCCAUUAUUUAAUGAAUUUUUGGACUUUCUUUAUUCCACUAGUUCUAGGUAAAGGUAUAAUUAAAGUCUUAUUUCAAACAUUAUUGUUAAUAUUUUUGUUUUCAAAUAAAUUUGAAAACAAACAUGUUGAUAUUAUUCUUUGGUUUGUUAAGAAAUGGCCAAUUUCUCAGUUUUUUGACAGAGAUGAAAUUUACCUUAAGGAAACUAUUCAUAGGGAAUUGAUUUAUAUUAAAAAGAUAUUAAGCAAUGUGAAUGAAAAAUCAGCAGAUUCUAUUUCACCAUCAACUUUAAAUUCUUAUAAUAAAAAAAGCAAUAAAAAUUGGUGGGAAGUUGUCGCCAACAAAAUUCAAAUUACUUCCUUGUUUUCAUGGAUUACUAUUUUUGUUGUUAUUUUGUUUGCAAUUUCUAUCAUUAAUGAAGCAGCUAAAUAUCAAGAUGAAGCUAAUAAAAACAAAGAAAAUAAACUUAAAGAAGACUAA